UUUGCCCUCUGGGCCUAGUGCUACCCAGUGGGUGCACUGCCACGUGGCCUUAGGCCCCCAGACUGCUGCGGUACCACUUGGGGUUCCCAAGUUCCUCUUCCGUCCUGGAAGUGCCGUUUCCCUGAAAAGUUAAAUAAAGCCACCAGGAUGUGUUGAUGGCUUGGAUGUGGGAUGUGAGAGAGGGCUCAGGAAGCCUAGGUUUCUGGGUACUAGAGGCCUAGCACCUUCCACAGUGGCUCUGAAAAAUUUGAGACAGCCUCUUUCUGCUUCUAAACUUUGUUCUUGCUUCUGGCAGCUGCUGAGCUCUCAGCAGCAUAGAACCCCCCGUCCCCCGCCCUUUGGUGGGUUUCCCCAAAGCAGCACGAGCAUAAGGCAGGUUUUCGUGGGUAACUGAGAGGGGCUACACCGUAUUUCAGCACCUGACUUUAAAAAGACUAUUACUGAGUUUUUCUCACUCAGGAACACAUAUCAAAACAUGAGCAAGAUGCGAUGUAAUAAGCUUUACUUGGGACGUGCCUGUUACUUAUAUUUUUAUAGGAAACACUGCUUACUUUGGGGCAAUAACGUGUCCUUUUGGAGAACAUUUCUUGAGUGCUUACCCUGUGUCAGGCACGGUGCCCUCUGUGUUCGUGAUCUCUUACUCCCCAAGCAGCCCAUAAGGUGCCAGCGCUGUGACCGUACUUGAGGCCCAGGAAGAUUUUUAAAACUUUGUUCAAGUCCCACAGGUAGAAAAUGGCAGAAGCAGGAUUUGAGCUCGGGUUGAUUUAGGUCCAGAGCUGACUGCUGCCUCUGCUUAUUACUUAUAACUGAACUUCGGACAUUGUGACAUUGCAAGUGGGUUUUGAUUUGGCCAACACCCACUGCUCUAAAACCGUUUGUGCUCUCUAAUGGAUUCGAAGGCCAGUGAACUAAGGGGCCCAGGCCCAGGCGUCUCCUACCCACGUUGGACCCCUUCAUUCUCUGUUGACUCUGUUGACAAAUGUUUACUGAGCCCUAGCCAUAGAUUGUAAUCAUUUAUUGAGCAUUUGGGCACUGUGAACCAUGCUGAACAUGUUACCUCGACAUUCCCUUUCAUUCUUACUAGCCGUCUUUGUAGGAAGUCCUGUUUUUAUCCCAGUUUUAUAGAUGGGAAAACUGAGGGGUUGGGGGCUUAGGUAUGGGACUUGCCCAAGGUCACACGGUUGUUAAGAGGUCGUGUCAGGAUGGAUCCCAGGCAGCCUUCGGAGCCCUUUUACUUCCCUGUGCUUUGCUGUCCUGACCACUGUUCCAGGCCUGCGGACAUAGCUGGGACUAAGCCAUUUAUAUUCUAGCAGAGGGAAGAGAGAAAACAGUGAAUUGCACAAAACUGUUGUAGUACCGCUAUUGUAAGUGCUGGAGGGGGAGGAAUAGGAUGUGUGCCAAGGAACCCGGCUAGGUUGGAGGUCUUCUUGGAGGAGGUGUCUUGAGCUGCGGGCGCAGGCCUGAAUAUAGGGUGUAGGAGGAAUGUGCCAAGGGCAUGUUGGCUGGUUGUGUCAUUCAGUCCUGGCGGUACCCCUGUGAGGCUGGGAGGGCCACCAUGUGUUAGUCAGCCAGUCAGAAGCUGCCAUUACAUACCAGGCCCUUUUCCUAGUGCUUGGCCAUCCUGGCCUUCACGGAGCAGAUGCUAAAGGGGGAAGACAGAUAAUAAGAUGAAUAAGUACGUGUGUGGCGACUCAGAGGGUGCUGAGAGCUGACGAGAAACUAUCAGGCAGGGCAGGUGGCAAGAGAAGCCUGCAGAGGGGCCCCUGACGUUCUCACAGCGGGGCCAGGGAGGGCCUCCCUGAGGUGACUGGGAGUAGAGCUAAGAAGGAGGUAAGGGAGCAGUGGGCCCUGAGCCUGGGGUCUGUGGGAGGAACAGAGUACGAGGGGGAUGAGGCUAGAAAGGUUGAAAAGCCAAGGGCUAGAGGCCUCACCGGCCUUGGGAGCACUUGGGCUUUUAUUCUGAGAAGGGACAUCACUGGAGGCUUUGGAGCAAGGGAGGGACAGGAUCUGACUUGGGUUGAAUGGAUUGUCCUGGCCCAUUGUGUUGACAUUAACUGAAGGAGAAAGGGACGGAGGAGGAGGCCAGCGAGAAGGUGGGGUGAUGGUGACUCGGGGCAGGGGCUCUGGGAGCAGGCACGGGGCACAAUGGGUCGGCUUCUGGACAUAGGAGGAGGUAAAGCUCGCCAGGCCCUGCUGAUGGGUUGGAUUUGGGUGUAAGAGAAGAAUCAAAGAUGUUUUCUGGAUUUCUGCUUGAGCCACUGGACAAAUGGGGUUGUAGGGUUUGGAGUGGUAGGUCGUGGGCUCCAUUUAGGACAGGUGAAGUUUGCCACGCCUUCUAGACCUGCAAGAUGCUGAGGCAGUGGAAAACGAAUCUAGAGUUCAUGAAGCUCUACUGAUAGAAACGUGAAGGCCCACGACUGGGAGCAUCGAGUACAGCUGUCCGGCCUCCAACGAGUGCGAGAUCACCAAGCGGAGACGCAAGGCCUGCCAGGCCUGUCGUUUCACCAAGUGCCUGCGGGUGGGCAUGCUCAAGGAGGGCGUACGUCUGGACCGUGUCCGAGGCGGGCGGCAGAAGUACAAGCGGCGGCCAGAGGUGGACCCGCUGCCCUUCCCGGGCUCCUUCCCUGCUGGACCCCUGGCGGUAGCCGGAGGCCCUCGGAAACCCGCAGCUCCUGUAAACGCACUGGUGUCCCACCUGCUGGUGGUUGAGCCUGAGAAGCUAUAUGCCAUGCCCGACCCGGCGGGCCCUGAUGGACACCUCCCAGCUGUGGCUACCCUCUGUGACCUCUUUGACCGAGAGAUUGUGGUCACCAUCAGCUGGGCCAAGAGCAUCCCAGGCUUCUCGUCACUGUCACUGUCUGACCAGAUGUCAGUCCUGCAGAGCGUGUGGAUGGAGGUCUUGGUGUUGGGUGUGGCCCAGCGCUCACUGCCACUGCAGGAUGAGCUGGCUUUCGCUGAGGACCUGGUCCUGGAUGAAGAGGGGGCGCGCGCCGCCGGCUUGGGGGAGCUAGGGGCUGCGCUGCUGCAGCUGGUGAGGCGACUGCAGGCCCUGAGGCUGGAGCGUGAGGAGUACGUCCUGCUGAAGGCCCUGGCCCUUGCCAAUUCAGACUCUGUGCACAUUGAGGAUGCCGAGGCUGUGGAGCAGCUGCGAGAAGCUCUACACGAGGCCCUGCUUGAGUAUGAAGCAGGCCGGGCGGGCCCCGGAGGGGGUGCUGAGCGGCGGCGGGCGGGCAGGCUGCUGCUCACACUACCGCUCCUUCGCCAGACAGCGGGCAAGGUGCUGGCCCAUUUCUAUGGCGUGAAGCUGGAGGGCAAGGUGCCCAUGCACAAGCUGUUCUUGGAGAUGCUCGAGGCCAUGAUGGACUGAGGCAAGGGGUGGGCAUGGGUGGGGAUGCUGGCAGGACCCGCCCAGCAUGGGGUCAGCCCCAAGGGGGCAGAGCUGGGGUCUGGGCAGUGCCACAGCCUGCUGGCAGGGCCAGGGCAAUACCAUCAGCCCCUGGGAGCAGGCCUUACGCCCUCCCCUCCCCCCUCCCAGGGGGUCUUAGAAGCUGGGAAUGUGCGCGCCCAGGCUCUGGGCACAGUGCUGCCCCUUGCAAGCCAUAACGUGCCCCCAGAGUGUAGGGGGCCUUGCGGAAGCCAUAGGGGGCUGCAGGGGACGUGGGGGGGGGCGGGGCAGAAGCCUGAUCUCAGGGAGGGAAGGGAGUGGAGGCCACAGUCUCCCAGUGGGUGAUGCUUUUGCUGCUGCUUAAUCCAACCCCCUCUCCAGAGCAGAGGGGGAUUUGGAGAGCAAAGGCCCCUGCCCCCUUCGCACCUCUCCUCAUCAUUUGCAUUGGGCAUUACUGCCCCCCCUUGAAGCAAUAACUCCAAGCAGGCUCCAGCCCCUGGACCCCUGGGGUGGCCAGGGCCCCCCAUCAGCUCCCACCCAGCCUCCUCGGGGGGUAGGGAGAGCACUGCCUCUAUGCCCUGCAGAGCAAUAACACUAUAUUUAUUUUUGGGUUUGGCCAGGGAGGUGCAGGGACAUAGGGCAAGCCAGGGCCCAGAGCCUUUGGCUGUACAGAGACUCUAUUUUAAUGUAUAUUUGCUGCAAAGAGAAACCGCUUUUGGUUUUGAACCUUUAAUGAGAAAAAGAAAUAUAUCGAGCUCAAGAA